UUAUUAUCAUUAAUUAUCACUUACACUUCAUCAUCUCCCAUGCACUCUACUUAAUCCCCGCAGCUAUACUAAUACUACCAGUCUCCACCUCCACCCCGCAACAAUGAGCUCCGAGAUCCAACUCCACGGCCCCUCAAAACCCGGGCUCGGCUCCGACCUCUCCCGCCCCACCAAAUCCCCGCCCAAAACCCCGACGGAUUCGGCGCCGACUCCCCUCCGAAACCCCAUCCUCCCCACCCCGAUCUCCACCCGCCACGGCACCGCCAACAAGCUAACCCUAAUCCCGCUCAUCUUCCUCAUCUACUUCGAGGUCGCCGGGGGCCCCUACGGCGCCGAGCCCGCCGUGUCCUCCGCGGGGCCGCUCUACGCCCUCAUCGGCUUCGCCGUGUUCCCCUUCAUUUGGAGCGUCCCCGAGUCCCUCGUCACCGCCGAGCUCGCCACCGCGCUCCCGGGCAACGGCGGCUUCGUCCUCUGGGCCGAUCGCGCCUUCGGGCCCUUCGCCGGGUCCCUCAUGGGCACGUGGAAGUACCUCAGCGGGGUCAUCAACAGCGCCGCGUUCCCCGCGCUCUGCGUCGACUACCUCGCGCGCGUCGCCCCCGCCGUGGGCUCCGGCGGCGCCCGCACCGGCGCGGUGGCGGGGUUCAACGUCGCCCUCUCGUUCCUCAACUACACGGGGCUCAGCGUGGUGGGGUGGGUCGCGGUGGCGCUCGGCGCCGCGUCGCUCGCGCCGUUCGUGCUCAUGGCGGGGUUGGCUGUUCCGCGGCUGCGCCCGCGGCGGUGGCUCGCGGUGGCGGAGAACAAGGAUUGGAGGCUGUUCUUCAACACCUUGUUUUGGAACUUGAAUUUCUGGGACAGCGCGAGCACGAUGGCCGGGGAGGUGGAGCGGCCGGAGACGACGUUUCCGAGAGCGCUGGGGGUGUCGGUGGUGAUGACGUCGCUGAGCUACCUGCUGCCGCUCAUGGCCGGCAUGGGCGUGCUUGACGCCCCGCCCAGCGCGUGGGACGAUGGCUUCUUCGCCGACGCCGCAGGGAGGAUCGCGGGGAGGUGGCUCAAGUACUGGAUCGAGGCCGGGGCGGUGCUGUCGACGAUCGGGCUCUACGAGGCGCAGCUGAGCAGCGGUGCGUUCCAGCUGAUGGGCAUGGCGGACCUGGGCCUCCUCCCGCGCUUCUUCGCCCGCCGCGCCCCCUUCUUCGACACCCCCUGGGUCGGCAUCCUCCUCUCCAGCCUCAUCAUCCUCGGCAUCUCCUUCAUGAGCUUCAACGACAUCGUCGCCUCCGCCAACUUCCUCUACAGCCUCGGCAUGCUCCUCGAGUUCGCCGCCUUCCUCCGCCUCCGCCGCUCCCGCCCCGACCUCAAGCGCCCCUUCGCCGUCCCCAUGCCCUUCCCGGCCUUAGUCCUCAUGUGCCUCGUCCCCGCCGCGUUCCUCGUCUUCGUCAUGGUCAUCGCCAGUUGGAAGGUGCUCGUCAUAAGCUCCGGGUUCACGGUGCUCGGCGUCGGCGUGUAUUAUCUCAUGGCCUUUUGUAAGGCGAGGGGGUGCCUCAAGUUCAGCGAUGGACGCGUGGAGGAGGAGAAGGUGUUGGGUGAGGAGAGAAGAACAAGAGGAGGUGAUGAGGUUUAGUUGAGGAGAUAAUUUGUAUGAUAUACAUUUUAAUAAAUCUGUGAACAUAGUUGUUCUCCUUCACCACCUCUAUCUAAAUUGAAAAAAAGAAGCUAACAAAGAAAUAUUG